AUGUCACAUUCAAAGUAAUUACACACUUUUCACACUAUAGACCAUACAUGUAUACUUAAUACUGGUAAAUCAAUGUAAUUUAAAAGUUCGUGAUGGUAUUUGACUGACAUGCAUGAACUGAAGAAAACCAUAACUUUUUUCUUUCUAUUCUUCUUCAAGAAAGUAAAUAAAAGUAAAAAUCUCUUUUCACUGGGGCAUACAACAUAACCUUGUUCUAAACCUUCCACUGUUGCCUUUUCUUUAUCAUCAUCAACACCAACAUAAACUGGUUCUUUUUUUAAAGCCAAAGUUGUCAACAUUUCUGUUUUUUUGGUUUGUGUUGCACUAAACAACAUUGUUUGUCUUUUUUCUAUAAGAAAUAUAUAGCAAUUAUAUAUUUUUUAUAUUUUAGCAAUUACAUAUAUUUUAUAUUAAAGCAAUUAUAUAUUUUACAUUUUUUAGCAAUUUACAUAUUAUUUAAAAAUAUAAAAUAUGUUAUACUAACUUGGUAAAAUGUUAAUAAUUUGCUUAAGUUCUUCUUCAAAACCAAUGUCUAAAAUACGAUCAGCUUCAUCAAUUAUUAGACACUGAAGAUUUUUAUACAAAAAGUCUGCUGUAUUUUGUAGAUGAUCCAAUAAUCUACCAGGUGUAGCUACGAUAAUAUUAAUUCCUUUUGCAAGUUUUUGAGCCUCAGUUUGUCUAUUAGCACCUCCCAUCAAUAAACCAUAUGUAUGGUAAUGAUAUUUCAUUAAUUCUUUUAGAACUCCAAAAGUUUGCAUAGAUAAUUCUCGUGUUGGAGAUAUAAUAAUACAACCAGUACCUACAAAUAAAAAUGUAAUAAAAUAUUUGCAUUCAACGCAUCUAUGUCCUGGUAUUAAAAAUGCUAAAGUUUUCCCAGAUCCAGUUUUUGCAGAACCAACUAAAUCUCUUCCUUCUAAUAAAGGAGGAAUAGCUUUUGCUUGUAUUUCCGUCAUAUUUGUAAAACCCAUGUCUUCUAUUCCUUUCAAUCCAAUAAUGAAGCUCUAUAGCGUUGUCGAUGGUCCACCGUCCCUUGCCUGCCGCCAAGCUUUAAAAGCUUUAAAUAUUCAGUACGAAUUAGUUGACGUGAAUUUUAACAAAGGAGAACACAUGACAAAUGAAUAUGCACAAGUAAGUAUGUUUAUAUCAGUGGUAUAUUAGUUUAUCAUAUUUUGUAAGUUUAAAGUCUACUUGAAACAUUACUAAUAUAUUUUUUAAUACAUAUAAUCACUUUUCUAGUUAAACCCACAAAAAGAGAUACCUGUAUUAAUCGACGAUGAUCUUAUAAUGGGAGAAAGGUAUGAAUUAACUUAAAUUAUUUUAUUUACUUUGAUAGAGGAAAGAACUUUGAUUAA